AUGGGGAGCAGAUCUAGAUAUAUUCCGAUCCGAUCAUCACCGUCUUCGUCUAACAAACGACGGCGACGGAGGACAUCGGAAUCUGACCUGAAUAUUGGGGAAAUUGACAAAAUAAACCUCAUGUGCACAGUCAAUCGUGAAUACAAGGCCAGUAGGUCAACUAAAUCAAAGUUCGUUGUUCGCUGCAUCGACAAUACAUGCAAUUGGAGGGUUGCAGCCCACUCCGUCGGUAAAUCUUCGAUAUUUUGUACAUCAAAGUAUGUAGAUGCACACACCUGCACGAUUGACACUGUGAACCACGACCACAAACAGGCUAGCAGCUGGGUCGUAGCGAAUCUUAUUAAGGAUAGAGUUGCUAGAACCAGUCGUAUUUACAAGAUAAAGCAUAUUAAGGAGGAUGUCCGCGAAGAGUUCCGGGUGAACAUAAGUUAUGACAAGGCCCAUCGAGCACGAGAGUUAGCAUACGCUAUUGUUAGGGGCCGAUCGGAGGACUCCUACAUGCAUCUCCAUGCGUACGGUAAAGCGAUAAAAAUAGAGAAUCCAGGUACUAUUUUCCACAUCGAGACUGAAGGGGAAGUUCAGAGGAGUGCUACUAAUAGGUGCGCCAUGGACGGGAAUAAUCAAAUAUAUCCACUUGCAUUCGCGAUUGUAGACAACGAAAGCGAUGCAUCGUGGAAGUGGUUUAUGAAGAACUUGAAGGACAUGAUCGGACACCCACCAGAACUUGUAUUCAUAUCUGAUCGACAUGAUGCAGCGUAUGCGUAUCGGAAGUCACAGUUCACAUACUACUGGAACCAGAUACUAUCGGUUGGAUCGGGUUCACUUGCCAAAUACUUACAAGAAAUUGGGGUAGAACGGUGGGCCCGAUGCUACCAAGUUGGUAGAAGAUAUGAAAACAUGACGACAAAUAGCGCUGAGUCGGUAAAUGUCCUCCUUCGAGAGGCUAUAGAGUUACCUAUCACUAAGAUUGUCGAGUUCAUCCGCGACUUGCUACAAAGAUGGUUCCACGUAAGAAGGACUCACUGGUCCACCCAAAACACCUCUCAUUCAGACUAUGCAGAAGAGCAACUUGCACUACAGUUUGAGAAGUCUCGUCGCUAUACAGUCAAACCAGUCGACUGGUGCAUGUUUCAUGUUGAGGACGGUGGCUUGGACGGGACGGUUGAUUUGAAUGCCCGUACAUGUACAUGCAUGGAGUUCCAGUACAUGGGCAUUCCAUGUUCGCACGCAAUUGCAGCAGCGAGGCACAAGAAUAUAAAUUGCCACACGUUGAUCGAUCCAUGCUACAGCGUGGACUCCCUAAUUAGUGCCUACGCUGAACCAAUUUUACCGAUAGGCCACAUGUCGGAAUGGAAAAGGCCAGCUAAUUACCAGCAUAUUCCCGUCCAACCACCAGGACUUGUUAAACGUGCAGGCCGGCGUAGAACGCAACAGAUCGCCUCAACCGGUGAGCGUCGUGUUGUCAACAAGUGUUCUCGAUGUCGUACAUCGGGUCACAAUAGACAGACAUGUACUAACCCAAUUACGAUGGCACGAACAUCUGCAUGCAUAUAUGGGGGGACGGUGUAA